CGCAAUAUCCGGUUCAGUAAGCGCUCAUUCAAACUUUCAGGAGGAGGAAGCUGAAGCAGCGUGCGGGACAGUUUGAAAGUGAGAAAUGCGAACAUCAGUUCAGUCACCGCUGAUUGUCAUGCUUCUUUGCUUCUGAAUGAAGGUUGUUAUUAAAAGGACAUGCCUGUACAAAAAGUCAGUGUUUCAUCUGACCUAGAUGCCAAGGUCCCUUCACAUCUCCAGCGCACAUCUAUAACAAGCCUCACAAUGACCUCUGACCCCUCACACAGAUGUGUCUAGGCUAGAGUGGUUCACAAAGGUCCUGCGAUAUCCUGCACACAGAAAGAUGGCAUCGAAAUGCUUAGAGCAGAGAUCAGAGAGGAGGACCUCCUUCAGAGAACCGCUGAACAUACAUCAAUCAACAUCAUUUUCUUUGGCACGUUGGCCAAGGACUUUUCACAGUCUGCCAGACAAGGGCCAGGCAUGUUACUGCGGUUCUACAAUCUCCAUGCGCUCGUUCAGAGAGCCCCGGACCAGGUGCCAGAUAAGCCUGAACACCUCAGUUUCCACCUGCAUGGUGGGACGUCAUAUGGACGAGGUUUAUGCAGCCUUCCUGCGGAAAGCCCUGAUCUACAGUCCCUCAAGAGUGUGCUAGAGAAACAUGUGGAUCUGGAUGAGUGUGAUGACGUGAACGAUGGCACAUUACUGGAGAUUUGGUACACGCCACCAGAGGCUUUAGUCUUGCCAAAUGAUGAAGAAACAGAUGCAGAUGCAGACACGGGACCCUCUUAUACAGUACGGACAUGUGAGCACAACACACAGCGGCUCACACUCGCCCAGGUGAAGCACACCACACCGCCGCUGUCGUGUCACGUCCGAGCCCAGCUGAAGAAAUACAAGCCUCAGCAGUUAUACCAGUGCCUGAAACUCUUCUGCUCCAACUGUAAAACAAUGAAAGAUGUUCCCGAUGACAGCGCUGUUGCUAAAGUCUUCCGGGAGUCUGUGAAAGACAACCAACCUUGCGAUGAGCAGUGGGCCACCACUUCAUCAGCAAGUUCUAGAGAGCCUGGCAGAACCAUCUCAAUGCACAUAUCCAGAGACAUGGUGGGGGAAAGCACUCACAUGCAGCUGAUAUUUGUCGAAGGAACGACGCUGGAUGAGAUUUGCGUGUUAUCACGGGAUUACAAAAACCUGGUUCCUGUGAGAUCUGUGAACGGCAGGAUGACUCUUCUGGAUCUCACAGCUCCCUUCCUGUUCUCUGGAGACAAAAGAUAUUACGGGUGUAAGCAGUGCUCUCUGAACACAUUUCAAAACCCAGUGUUUACUGGAGUGGAGAUCUGGGAUGAACAGGCAGUUGCAGAAGCCCUGGGAGUUCAGCUGAUGCAGUUCAGAUUGUUAAUCCAGUUUGAUCUGGAGGACCAGACUGACACAUUUGAGGCUCUGCUGUGGGAGAACGCUGAGAGGUUCUUCCAUGUUUCUGCUGUAGAUGCUUAAGGCAGUCAGGAUUUGCAGGACCAGAUUCAGACCAUCAUGGACACAAUUCAACCACCAUACAGCAGUUUGGAAGAGCGUCCAUGGCUGGAUCUUUGCCUCUCAGUCUACCCUGUAAAGGACAACGACAGAAAUAAAGUUUGCUAUCAGAUCACUAACACAGAAAUUAGAGAAGAAUAGAGCAAAGAGAUCAUAGAUGGGCACCUGCGAUGAACAAGAAAAAAGGAGUUGCCAGAAAUGUUUUGUGUUGAGAAAUGUAAAUACAUUAUGGUCAAACACAAUCCAUAAAUUCAUAUUGUAAAAUAA